GUAGGGCCCAUUGCUCCACCUCGUCGUCGCGGGCAUGCUCCCUAGUCCCUACCUCCCAAGUCCCAAAGACACAGCUUGGCAUCAAGCCUGAGGAAAAUAAGCCAUCAACGUAUCUCUUUCUCUUCACAUUUCGCAGCUUCCUCGAUCUCCCUCUCACUUGCAGUUGGAGGCGUGGCUCUCUCACAUCCUCUCUCUCUCUAUCACCUCUGUAAUCAUGGCUUCUUCUGCUCCUCCUUAGCUUUAAAAUCACCCGGAAUAGUUUACUGUUAUCUACGAUCUCUAAUCCAUGCAUUGUGCGAUGGAUUUUUGGAGGCUGUCAAACACUAAGCCUUCUCCAAUUUUCUUACCCUUUACACGCCCCUUCAACUGGGUCACUUCCCCAUUGCAUUGCCAUCAUCACCUUCAUGACCUUGACCCUCCUCUUCAGCCGCCGCCUUUACAGCCACAGCAACAACCACAGCCUUCUAGUCAGGUUUUUCUUGACAUGUUACCUUCUAUUCUCUCUAGCAGAGUUCUCGAUUCUUCUAAGUGUAAAGAACUGAUACACCAUUUGUCGCCUCGUGAUUUUGAUCAAUUAUUCUUUUCUAUUUAUUCAAAUGUGAACCUCAAAACCACUCUUCAUUUCUUUCAUUUUGCUUCUGAUUCUUUCAAUUUUCAAUUCACGGUUCGGUCGUACUGCCUUUUGGUUCGUUUGCUUCUGGCUUCGAAUUAUUUACCACCCGCUAGGUUGCUCUUGAUCCGUUUGCUUGAUGGAAACUUGCCCGCUUUGUUUAGAAACCGUGAGAAUAGGCACCUUGAUGUAGCUGCUUCUAUGUUGGAACUUAAUGGACUUAAUGGGCGGGGGCAUGGUGAAUUGGACUUGUUGCUUCAUGUUUCCUGUACCCAAUUUAAGAAAUUGGGUUUGGGUUAUGCUAUUGAUAUCUUUUACUCGUUUGCGAGGAACGGUAUCUUUCCAUCUCGGAAGACGUGUAAUUUCUUGUUAAACUCUUUAGUGAAGGCUAAUGAACUUGAUACGAGUUACAAAGUGUUUGAAGUUAUUUGUAAAGAUGUUUCUCCUGAUGUUUACACAUUUACAACCGCAAUCAAUGCAUUUUUCAAGGGAGGGAGGACUGAAGAUGCAAUUAAUUUGUUCUUGAAAAUGGAAGAGAUUGGCAUUUCGCCAAAUGUUGUCACCUACAAUAAUAUGAUUGAUGGGCUCUGCAAGAGCGGAAGAUUAGAAGAAGCAUUUCAAUUUAAAGAAAAGAUGGUAAGAAGCAAAGUAGACCCAAGUCUCAUAACAUAUAGCUUGCUUAUUAAUGCUCUGAUGAAGUUGGAGAAAUUUGAUGAAGCAAAUUUUAUUUUGGUAGAAAUGUUGAACAGUGGGUUUAUGCCCAAUGUAGUUGUUUACAAUACACUAAUCGAUGGGUUCUGCAGGAAGGGAAAUAUGAGUGAGGCGCUAAGGAUCAGGGAUGACAUGUUAUCUAAGGGUGUAACACCCAAUUCUGUAACUUCUAAUACUCUCUUACAAAGUUUCUGCAGGUGUAAUCAAAUGGAUCAAGCUGAGCAGGCAUUAGAUAAUAUUUUGCGUAGUGGGUCAUCUGUUAAUCAGGACGCAUGUUCUUAUGUAAUCCACUGGUUAUGCAAUAAUUCAAGGCUCGAUUCAGCACUACAAUUUGUUAAAAAGUUGUUGUUGAGGAACAUUAAGCCCAACGAUAGCAUCCUUACUUCAUUGGUCCAUGGUCUCUGUAAGAGUCAAAAACAUUCAGAGGCAAUCAGACUUUGGUUUAACCUUGCUGAGAAAAGUUUUGUAGCCAAUACUGUUACUUCAAACGCUCUUCUUCAUGGUCUUUGUGAACAAGGUGACAUGCAGGAGGUUGUCACAGUACUAAAAAAAAUGCUAGAGAGGGGUUUGGUCUUGGAUAGGAUCUCAUACAACACACUCAUUCAAGGCUUUUGCAAAGGGGGUGGAAUUGAGGAAGCUUUCAAGCUUAAGGAAGAGAUGGUUAAGCAGGGAAUCCUGCCAGACAUGCAAACUUACAAUUACCUUAUGAAGGCUUUAUGCAGCAUUGGUAAAGUGGAUGAAACUAACAAGCUUUUGCAUGAAAGUAAAGAAAAUGGCCAGGUUCCAAAUGUCUAUACAUACGCAUUUAUUAUAGAAGGAUAUUGUGGGGCUGACAGGAUUGAAGAUGGUGCAAACUUUUUCAAUGAGUUGGUCAGUGAGAAAGUAGCACUAAGUCCUGUUAUUUAUAACAUACUUAUUGCCGCCUAUUGCAGAAUUGGGAAUGUAAUGGAAGCCUACAAACUAUGUGAGGCCAUGAAAAGUAGGGGCAUUCCACCUACUUGUGCCACAUAUUCUUCUCUUAUACAUGGAUUGUGCAACAUUGGUCGUGUUGAUGAAGCAAAAGAUAUAUUUGAAGAAAUGAGAGAUGAAGGCUUGUUGCCAAAUGUCGUUUGUUAUACUGCCCUGAUUGGUGGUUACUGUAAGUUAGGCCAGAUGCAUAAAGUGAAGGGAAUCUUACAGGAAAUGUCUUCAAAUGAUAUAAAACCCAAUAAAAUUACCUACACUAUUAUGAUUGAUGGGUACUGUAAAUUGGGCAAUAUGAAGGAAGCCAAUGGGCUUGUAAAUGAGAUGAUAAAGAAUGGAAUUGCACCAGAUAAGAUCACUUAUGAUACACUGGGAAAUAGUUAAAGCCAGGAAAUGAAGCUGCUAAUGCGCUUGAAUUUGAACCGUGUGGGCAUAUACCUAGAAGAGGAAUAUGCUUAGAUGAAAUUACAUGUACACGUUAACAAAGCUCGUCAUCUGGAAGAGAAAGGUUUGAUAUGCUUAAUCUUUGUGCAUAUGGAUUAUAGGCAGCAUCUCAAGCAGCAUGCUCUUCCCUUGGCUGCUUGAUGAGGAAUGAGCUUUGGAGCUCAUAGAUUAUACUGAGAAGCUAUGUCAUUUAGUUAUCCAUUUAUGAGACAUGUAUCAGUAUUGUGUUCCUGGUCAAAAACGGGUUAGUGUUGCUUAUUGCAUGACAUUCCUACAUUUGUAGGGUGAUGGCUACCAGUACAGCAAAGAUGCUUCAUAAUAACCAGCCAGGUUCUGUCUUUUAUUGAUCCUUUACUCAUUAUAUGGGUUGACUCCAUUAUAAUUUCUUGGGUUUUUGGGUUUGUUGCUGUUGUCGAUAUGGAAACCAACUAGCCAAUACCAGCGUACUUCAUGCAGGCACGAUUUAAACAAGAGAAGAGCGAGGAUAUUGUUAAAGCAUCAAGCCAAGGAGAUCUCCAAUUAUAUUCUUUUCUUGAAUGGUUGUUUCACAAACGACAGUUUCCAAUAUGAACGAUAAACUAAAUGAACCUGUGGGGAUAACAAAGACUUGAAGAAACUAACUAGAAGAUUUUAUUGAGGAAACCAGAUUCCUUUUCCCUCACCUCAAAAUCAGAUUUUCAAUAGAACAAGGAAGUGGAUCGCUCUCCAGAUUAUGCGCCUAAACCAAGCUGAUUUAACACAAAAUCUUGUAUUGUUUCGUAUGAUUUUCCCAUACCAUCCCAAACACUCCCUGCCAAACAGAAGUGCAAGCUUCACCUAAAGACUUCAUGGAACAUUCUCAUGGCGGGGAAAUGGAUGUUAAAAGAAAAAGGUGCAGUAACAAAGCAGAGCCAGAACUCGCGCUUUCUGGGGAAUUUUUUUUGGAUGUUUCAAUGCUGUUUUGUUCUGCUGGACACUGUAUAGUUCUCAAUCUGCACUAUUUUCUGCAAGUUCUUGCUUGUGGCUUGGACCUUCGUUGAUUUUCUAGCUACUAUGAUGCCUUGAAUCUAAGAAGCUUCUGAUUAUUAUGACGGAUUCCUAGUUGCAAUCCAGCUUCCUGUUUGUGGGUAAGGCCUUAUCCGCUUCUUCUGUUGUUCUGGAUAACUUUUUAACACGUGUUUAGUUUUUAAUUUACAUUUGAUAAAAGUAUAUUUAAAAGAUUCAACUAUUUAUUAGAUUUGACAAGAGCAUAUUUCAAAUGUAAUUUGAAUGUUUGUUUUAGGGUUAUCCAAUCAGUCCCUUAAUUCUUA